CGCAGCCACGCGUAUUCCAAGAUGGCGGCGCCCGCGGUGGCGGUGCCUCGUUUUCGCACCCGCGACGUGUUGGUGCCCGGCGGUCCGGCCGACUUCGGCUCCCUGCUGCUGUCGGCCCCGGUGCUGGCGGGGCUGGAGGCCGCCGGCUUCCGCAGGCCCUCGCCGGUGCAGCUCAAGGCCAUCCCGCUAGGCCGCUGCGGCCUGGAUCUCAUCGUCCAGGCGAAAUCUGGCACGGGCAAAACCUGCGUGUUCUCAGCAGUUGCCCUCGACUCCCUCAUGCUGGAGAACCCAGCCACCCAGAUACUCAUCUUAGCACCCACAAGAGAGAUUGCUGUGCAGAUUCAUGCUGUUAUUUCAACUAUUGGAAUAAAAAUGGAGGCCCUGGAAUGUCACGUCUUCAUUGGAGGCACCCCUUUAAACCAAGAUAAAAUCAGACUAAAAAAGUGCCACAUAGCUGUUGGGUCCCCAGGUCGAAUAAAGCAACUUAUAGAGCUGGACUAUCUGAACACUGCUAGCAUCCGCCUUUUUAUUCUUGACGAAGCAGACAAACUUUUGGAAGAAGGCAGUUUCCAGGAGCAAGUCAACUGGAUUUAUUCUUCUUUGCCAGCCAACAAACAGAUGCUCGCUGUUUCAGCUACCUACCCAGAGUCACUGGCCAAUGCUUUGACCAGGUACAUGAGAGAUCCUACCUUUGUGAGGCUGAACCCCACUGAUCCAAGUCUCAUUGGGUUGAAGCAGUAUUACAAAGUUGUGAAUUUUCAUUCACUUCCUCACAAGACUUUUGAAGAGAAGGCUCAGCAUCUACAGGAGCUCUUCAGCAAGGUGCCAUUUAAUCAGGCUUUGGUCUUCUCAAACUUGCAUAGUAGGGCUCAACACCUGGCUGAAGUACUGACAUCCAAAGGGUUUCCUGCUGAGUGCAUUUCAGGCAGUAUGAACCAGAACCAGCGACUUGAUGCCAUGGCUAAACUGAAGCAGUUCCAUUGCAGAGUCCUGAUUUCCACAGAUUUAACCUCUCGUGGAAUUGAUGCUGAGAAGGUGAAUCUGGUCAUUAACCUGGAUGUGCCUUUGGACUGGGAGACGUACAUGCAUCGGAUCGGCAGAGCUGGGCGCUUUGGCACCUUAGGCUUAUCUGUGACAUACUGUUGCCGUGGGGAGGAAGAGAAUUUGAUGAUGAAGAUUGCACAGAAAUGUAAUCUGCAGCUCCAUCCUUUGCCAGAACCUAUCCCCCCUGGAUUGAUGGACCAGUUUGCAGAUUGGGAUGUAGAAGUCACAGCUAUGGCUCAUAUAGAAGCUUUGAAUCCUGGGACCUUGCCCCAUGAAAGGCCAGAGGAAGCAGUGCAACAGCCGCCCACAGGUAGUUGUGUGGAGACACCUCCACAUUCUCCUGCUGUUUCAAGUGAAAGUUCUUCCAUGGCCAAGCCAAAAAAGGCUCCUAAACAGAAACUACAAAAAGGCUGCUCAGAUGGUGCCAACUCAGAAAAAAGUAGCAAGAGUCCAAAGACUUUGAAAUGCAGUGUAGAGCAGAGCGGUCAAAAGAAAACUGCUCCCAAAAUGACAAGACAAAAUACUGAUCAGCCCGUGGACAAGGAAACCUUAAAAAACAUGUUGCCUAAGAUUCCUUGCCUGUCAUCUUUUAAGCGUCAGCAGCCUGGCAGUCCCUGGAGCUUUGCUGAAUUUCUUGAGGACUAUGAGUACUUCAUUAAGGAGGGGCUGGAGAAGGAGGUUGAAAUUGUAACAACCUACACUGGCCCAGGAGAGCCUUGCCAGCACCCUGAAAAUGGGGCCUUAGAAUGCAGAGAGAUGGAAGAAACUAGCCGUGUAGUAGUAGACAGUGCCCGGUUUCAGGAGUCGGACAGUGACAGCAGCUCCUACGCUUCCAGGGCUUCCUCCUGUAGUGUGGAAAACAAGUCAUGUUUCGAAGCUUCCUCAGAUGCACAGGAGAAAGAAAAUGUCAUUGCCAGUGAUCAGGUUCUUCCGAGCACCUCUCUACACCUCGCCCACCCAUCAAGACCAGAAGAGCUCAAACAAAUACCACAAGCCCCAAAGCAAAAUCCAGCGAGAAGGAAAGUGAAGAAACAACACCCCAAAAAGAAAAGCCCUCAUAAUCAAGUCCCUGAUCUUUCACAGGGAGAAGCUUAUGCUGACUGUUCAGAUGGCCCUUGGGAUGGGAGAAUGCAUGGCUCUCAAUAUGAGUCUCAGAGUUAUGAGGAAUACUGGAAGUCUUAUUACCAAGCAUGGCAGAACUAUUAUGCUGCAGCUCCACAUUCAUACUAUAGGAAAUGUUACAGACACUUCACCUGGAUGAGUGCUUAUCACACUAACUCAGUCUAUCUCCAAGAACUGCUGAAGAAUGAUGGGUGACAGCAUAACAUACCAAACAGGGAAGGGACUGAUUUAUGUGGAGAGUCCAUUCAUUCCAGGGAACAGCAAUCUUCUAAGCUCGAAAUGAACUUAGCAAAAUUAGCAGAUAUUGUCUGUCAGACAAAAGUAAAUGCAGCUUUUUGUAAGUAACCUUUUUUUCUGGGUAAAUCUGUUUUAUAAGCAUUCUAGAGAGUUGGAGCUGUGGCUGCGAUAACCUUUUAUGUUAAUAAAUAGAAACGUGUCUUGUGUGUGUAGAUCUGCAGUUUCUGUCUUUAAAGUAUUGUUGGUUUAAGGAGAAAUGCACACAGUUGAUGCAAGUUAAGGAGAACAGUUUGUGUAAGAGAUCAUGUGAUUAAAGAAGCUGAGUUCUAUAAACCAUCC